CCUGCUUUCAUGGAGCAUGCAUUCCAGAGGGAAAUCAGAUCAAACAAGAAGUAAAUAAACAGCACGUUCAGUAGUUUAAUGACGCAUGAGGGAGGCAUGCCACAGCAGGUGCGUGGGCUGUGAGCAGAAGCCACUUCUGUCCCUUCUGGAUCACAGCCAGGCCCGCGGCGGGGCAGGGGAAAACGGGAGAUGAGAGGAGACAGGGAGACCUUCGCACAACCUUGUCCUCAUGAAGCUGGGCUCCUGCUCGGACGGGAGGGGUUGGGGCAGGAGACCCGGCAGGUGCAGGCUGUAGACAGGAAUGUGGAAAUCAUCAGUGUGUCCGUGCAUUUCAACAUCAGAGACCAAGUGAGAUUGCCCACGGGGGAGUGUCAGCCGAGUCCCGCUGGGAUGUUUAGAGGUGGGCAGAGGAGGGGGAGCCCGCAAAAAAGAAGAAACGAUGCUCUGAAAGUCCGAGAGCAGACAGCUCCUCAAGGACAGGAGGGCACGUGUGUGUGAUGCCUGACAGUUGCCCCGUUUGCUUCCCAGCUGGUGCUGAUCCCUCCCCUUCCGGUGGGAAAGUGACAAUGGUCAGGAAUUUAAAACUUCUUCUCUGGAAGAAUUUCAUCUUGAAGAAGCGGAAGACUCUGAUAACAGUGCUUGAAAUCCUAAUGCCGCUCCUCUUCUCCAUGAUCGUCAUGUACCUGCGUUUAAACAGUUUGCCCAAGAAAAUACCUCCUGUCAACUACCUGGCCAUCAAUGUCAGUUUACUGCCAGACUUCCUCUAUUUUCCUACUCACGCCAGAUACCAACUGGUGUAUGUCUCUUCCGAAAGCGAAACGUUGAAGGCUAUCACUGAAGCGGUGGGGAAAUCCUUUGACGUUGAGUUUGAAGGUGAGACGUAACGAUGGG